AUGCUUUACCUCAUCUCACUUGUUCUACCUGCCAAACUUGCAACGGCUUCCAGAUCUUUUGCCACUGCUGGCUCUUCAUCCAACCAUAUCGUUGGAAAAUACCUGGGUCGGCCCAAGGCUAACGGAAAGUACUCCGUGACUCUCGUUCCCGGUGAUGGUAUUGGACCGGAGAUUUCUAAGGCUGUCGAAGAGAUUUAUGGCGCUGCUGAUGUCCCCGUGGAUUUCGAGUCUGUCGACGUCACUCCGUCUCUAAUAAACGGCAUCACUACUAUCCCCAAACCGGCCGUUGAUUCUAUCUAUAAGAACACCGUAGCCCUAAAAGGUCCACUAGCUACCCCUAUUGGUAAAGGUCACCAAUCGUUGAACUUGACCUUGAGAAGAACCUUUGGUUUGUUUGCCAAUGUCAGACCAUGCCGAUCCGUCGAAGGUUACGAAACCCCCUAUAAAGACGUUGAUACUGUUCUCAUUAGAGAGAAUACUGAGGGGGAAUACUCGGGAAUUGAGCAUAUCAUCGUCCCUGGUGUCGUCCAGUCAAUAAAGUUGAUCACCAAAAAGGCCUCUACUAGAGUUAUUCAGUACGCGUUCGAAUUUGCAAAGACUAGUGGUAGACCAAAGGUUUUGGUUGUUCAUAAGGCUUCAAUUAUGAAGAUGUCCGAUGGUUUAUUUGUACAGACUGCAAAAGAGGUCGGUCAACAGUAUCCAGAGAUUGAAUUGGGCUUUGAAUUGUUAGACAAUACCUCUCUAAAAUUGGCCUCUAAUCCAGGUUUGUUCAAGGAUGUUGUCAUGGUUAUGCCUAAUUUAUAUGGUGAUAUCUUGUCUGAUUUGUCUUCCGGCUUGAUUGGUGGUCUUGGUCUCACUCCCUCAGGUAAUAUGGGCGAAAAAGUGGCUAUAUUUGAGGCUGUUCAUGGAUCUGCCCCUGAUAUCGCAGGAAAGGGACUGGCCAAUCCUACAGCUUUGCUACUUUCUUCGUGUAUGAUGCUCCAACAUAUGAAAUUGAAUAAAUAUGGUGAUAAGAUCCAAAAUGCUGUUCUCAAAACGAUUGCUUCAGGUCCUGAGAAUAGAACUAGAGAUUUAAAGGGUACAGCAUCUACUGAGCAUUUCACCCGGGCGGUGAUUGACAAUUUGUAA